AAUUACAUAUUACAUGCCAGUGGGCCUAUCUAUAUUAUUUAAAAUCAAUGUUAUGCAUAGUAUAUACACAUUUUUAUAAAUAACAUUCUUUAAACGUUUGCAUUUUAUGUUAUUACUUCAAAAUUGAAUAACUUGACUUACUAUUAUAAGAAAAAACGUAUAAGACAUUUAUUAAACAAAUCUACUUGGGUAUAUGCUUUACAAUAAACUAUGGAUUUAGAUAUUAUUCAAGAUAUUCGUGAAAUGAUGCAUGGUUUAGCGGAGAAAAAGCAACGUAAAGAUACAGUCGCUAUUAUUCAAUCGGUUUUAUUCAAACAAAUGGCAUUGUUAAUAUACAAAGCCACGCAAAACCCCAAAAAACGCAAAAUUAAAGAAAUUACAGUUAAAGACAUUAUUUUCAUAUUAAAAAAUAAUAAAAACACUUUGAUUCGAAUGUUGCGUGUUUAUUUAUUGAAAGGAUCAAUGCAUAAAUUUACGUCAGUUACUAGUAUGGACAAACCUGAACUAGAAGACAUAGAAGAGAGUAAACCUAAAAAACAAAAAUUAAGUAACAGUGAUGUGAAUGUAUUUGAUAGUGCUAUUGAAAUUACUGAAGCAACGGCUGACUAUGAAUUUAGUGAUACACCAGGAUUUGAUCUUAUUAGUUCAUGGGCAGCAAAUAAUACUCAAAAUGAUGAGUGUGGAAGCAAUAAAAAACCCAAUAUAUAUAAAUCCAUUACGGAGACAAUUAAAGAAUUUAAAAUAGAUGUUGACUUAACAAAGGAAGAAGAUGUACGAAAUGCUACAGAUCCUCGUAAAAUCAAAGCAGAUAAAUUAGCAAUAUUAUUAUCUCCAACAGCAUAUGAAUGUUUCCAAAUUUGUAGAACAAGAACUUUCCACAAUAAGAAAGGUGAAUUGCUAUUAAAUAAAGUACAGAAAGCCCUUCCAUUUGUUGUGCGAUACAAUCUUCAAGCAGAAGAUGUAUUUCUUUAUUUAGCUAAGGAGACAAUUGCAACUUUGAUUGAUCGUGUCCACCAAAAUAGAAAGAAAAUACUUUCUAAUGAAGAAGAAACACAAAAAUGUCCUGAAACAUUAAAUCCUAAUAACACUAAGGUCAAACAGCUGCCAAUUACUGUUGAUGAAAUUACAGACAUUACAACAGCUGUUUGGAAACGACCAUUAGAUUGUAUACAAAUACCAUUUACGGAAAAUGAUGAAUUCUUCAAUAGUGAUUUAAUUUUUGAUUAACAUUUCUUUUUAUAUGCAAGUUUUAUUAACUUAAAAUAAUCAUUUUUUGUUUGUCCAUUUGUAAAUAUAUUAUAAUUUUUUAUUUAA